UAUCAAGAAGGGGUUAUCAUCAAAGAAGAGGACUGAAGAAUGGUUUUCUCUGGAGUCAUCAUAUCUGCUCUGAUCAUGUUUCUGAUUUCUGGCAGUGCACAAUGCAGAAGAGUCGACUGCAAAUCUGAAUGCUGCUCAUUUGUGGAGGGCUUUCCUGUGAGACUGAAGGAGCUCCGUGUGUCAUAUAGAGAAAUACAGAAAUUUUAUGAGUCCAAUGACGACUUGGAUGCAUUGUUAGACGAUACAGUGGAAAACAACAUAAACAGUCCUUACGGGUGUCAUGUCAUGCACGAGAUCCUACGCUUCUAUUUGGAGACCGUUCUGCCUAAUGCUGUCAAGAACCACUUAAAAACGCCCAUCAACUCCAUUGGAAAUAUAUUCAAGGAGCUCAAGAGAGAUAUACUGAAAUGCAGAAAUUACUUUUCUUGUCAAAAGCCUUUUGAGAUCUCCAGCAUAAAGAACUCAUAUGAGAAGUUGGAGGAACAGGGUGUUAACAAAGCCAUGGGGGAGCUUGAUUUGCUGUUCAAGUACAUUGAACAAUAUUUGGCAUCAAAAAGAGUCAGGCAUUAAUAGGAUGUCACUCUGGAUUGGAUGUGAACCUCCAAUUAAAAAAAUGCAUAUUGGCCCGAUGGCGCCUAUUAACAGCCUUGCAGGCACCAUCUGCAAAAGGACUUGAACUUAUUUAUUGCAUGCCCCUCACCAUUACAUCACACUACUUUAAGAUGCACUGCAAUGCAUUCCGUUUCUGAAGUAAUGAAAAAUGACACCAUGGCA